AUGCAAAUUCCACCUUUUCAUGGGAAGGAUAAUCCAGAUGUUUAUUUGGAGUGGGAGGGACAGGUGGAGUUGAUUUUUGAGUGCCACCAUUAUUCUGAAGAGAAGAAAGUGAAGUUAGCAGCUGUAGAAUUCAAAGAGUAUGCAAUUGUAUGGUGGGAUCAGCUGUUGAGUAGGAGGAGGAGAAAUGGGCAACGAACCGUGGAGACAUGGGACGAAAUGAAGGGAAUCUUAAGAAACAGGUUUGUGCCACCUUACUACCACAGAGAGCUGCUUCAAAGGUUACAAAAACUCACUCAAGGUACUAAAAGUGUCGAAGAAUACUACAAGGCCAUGGAGAUAGCUUUGAUUAGAGCUGAUGUUGAGGAGGAUCGAAGCUACAAUGGUUCGCUUUUGAAUGGGUUAAAUCCUGAAAUUGCUAAUAUUGUGGAGCUGCAACCUUUGGAAUCAGCUACUAAGGGUAAAAACCGUAUCAUUUGGUAUCAGAGCUUUGGCUCUCUUCAAAACAGCCUUGAAGGCUCUUCAAGUCCUUGUGUUUUCUGUUUUGUCACAUUUGUGUUGUUUUCUACCUUAAAGCUUUUCUUCACAACCUGGUUAUUUGCAUCUUUGUGGCUUGUGAAAUUGUUGAAGGGUUUAGUGCUGGAUGUGUUGAGUGUAUCUGUUGUGUGUUCUGACAAGAACUUGGUAAGCAAGCUUGAGUGGAAAAAGGCAUUGAGUGGCAAGAACUCCAAGAGGGUAUUAAAAAUGUCACAAGAACAAACUAGUGGACUUAAUAUGGAUAAUCCUUUUUGCCAACAAGCACUUGUUCAACAUUUGGAAAGAAUUGGUAGACAAUUGAGCAACCUAGCUGACCGAAUUGAAAGAAUUGAGCAGAAUAGUGGGAAUGGUAGACAAAACACAAAUGAGGGGCAGAAUAGGGCUAGGGGAUCUAGAGUGAACAAUGCACCACCUAUAGAUGAUUGGGGGGAUGAAAAUGAUGAUGAUUCUGAUGAAGGGGAUGACCAGCACUCUGCUGCACAUGAUGACCACCAUAGACCGAGAGGGAUGAGAGGUAAUAGGGGUGGAAGAGGUGGUGGCAGAAACUUGAGAAGAGGCAAUAUGGAGGAAGCAAGAGGGAGAGGGAGAGUGGAUGGUAACAUUAGUGGGAUCAAAAUGAAAAUUCCGCCAUUCCAAGGCAAAGCCAAUCCGGAUGCAUAUUUGGAGUGGGAGAGGAAGGUGGAUCUCAUAUUUGAUUGUCACAAUUAUAGUGAGGAAAAGAAGGUGAAGCUUGCAGUAGUUGAGUUUACAGAUUAUGCCAUAGUUUGGUGGGAUCAAUUGCUCACUAAAAGAAGGAGAAAUGGGAUGAGGGGUGUUGAAACUUGGGAUGAGAUGAAGCAAAUCAUGAGGGACAGAUUUGUACCUCAACAUUACUAUAGGGAGUUGCACCAAAGGUUGCAAGGGCUGGUGCAGGGAAACAAAAGUGUGGAAGAAUAUUUCAAGGAGAUGGAGAUGGCUAUGAUAAGAGCCAAUGUAGAGGAGGAUAGGGAAGCCACUAUGGCUAGGUUCCUAAAGGGGCUGAAUCUUGAUAUUGCCAACAUAGUGGAGCUACAACACUAUGUAGAGCUUGAUGACAUGUUAAAUAUGGCAAUCAAGAUAGAAAAACAACUAAAGAAGAAGAAAGCAUUCAAAAUGGGUGUAGGUAUGAAUUUGGGCAACAAUGCUCCAUGGAAACCGAAUUGGAAGAAGGGUGAAAUUAGUGAUUCCAAGGUUGUUUCUAAGGAAAAGAAAGAGGAGACUAGGGGUGGAGAAAAGCCUAGUGUGACUGAGAAAGGCAAGGGGCAGAAUACCUCUAGUGGGAGAACUAGGGAUAUCAAAUGUUUUAGGUGCCUAGGGAAGGGACAUUAUGCAUCUCAAUGUCCUAACAAGAGGGUGAUGGUGAUGAGGCCGAAUGGGGAGAUCGAAUCAGAAGAUGAUGAUGUUGAUGAUGAUGAUGCUAGUGAGAGUAUGCCUCCUUUGGAGGAAGCUAGUGAUGUAGAGCAUGCCGUGGGAGGAAAUAUUCUGGUGGUUAGGCGUGCACUAAGUGCACAAGCAAAGGAAGAAGAGGGAGAUGCACUACAAAGGGAAAAUAUUUUCCACACUAGAUGCUUGGUGAAUGGUAAAACUUGUAGCAUGAUUGUAGAUAGUGGUAGUUGUGUGAAUGUUGCCAGCACACUCAUGGUUGCGAAGCUUGGCAUGCGCACCAUCAAGCAUCCUAGACCAUACAAGUUGCAAUGGCUGAAUGACUGUGGGGAAAUUAAGGUGAACAAGCAAGUGAUGUUGGCUUUUUCUAUUGGAAGGUAUAAGGAUGAGGUGUUGUGUGAUGUGGUGCCAAUGCAUGCUGGACAUAUUUUGCUAGGGAGACCAUGGCAAUAUGAUAGGAAGGUAGUGCAUGAUGGAUUUAGGAAUAGGUACUCCUUUGAUCAUGAUGGACGAAGGGUUACUUUAGCAGCAUUAUCACCCGCACAAGCUUUUGAAGAUCAAUUAAGGAUAAAACAGACCAUGAAUGAGCAACAACAAAGAGAGGCCGAGCUAAGAGUGCAAAAAGAGAAAGAAAGAAAAGAAAGAGAGGAAAAAGUAAGAGGGAAAAAUGAGGAAGAGAAAGAGAAGAGAGAAAAUUCAAAAAGAGUGAAACCAAAAGAAAAGAGCUCGGGGCAAAAGGAGAGUUGUGAGAAGAGUGGAGAGAAUAAAGUCAGUUUGCUAGCAAAAGCCAAGGAUGUGAGGACUGCAUAUUUUUCUAGUAUGCCAAUGGCUUUGCUAAUUUGUAAGGGAGCUUACACCAAUGCUUCUAACCUUGACCCAUCCAUUCCUAGUUGUGCUUUGCCCUUAUUGCAGGAGUUUGAGGAUGUCUUCCCUGAAGAAAUACCUAAUGGGCUACCACCAAUUAGAGGCAUAGAGCACCAAAUUGAUUUUGUGCCUGGAGCUGUAAUCCCAAAUAGGCCAGCCUAUAGAACCAAUCCGGAAGAGGCUAAGGAACUUCAAAGACAAGUGGAGGAGCUUCUAGCAAAAGGCCAUGUUAGGGAGAGCAUGAGCCCAUGUGCCGUACCUGUUCUUUUGGUGCCUAAGAAAGAUGGGAGCAUGCGCAUGUGUGUGGAUUGUAGAGCAAUCAACAAAAUCACUGUAAAGUAUAGACAUCCCAUACCUAGACUUGAUGAUAUGCUUGAUGAGUUGCAUGGUGCAUGCAUAUUUUCUAAAAUUGACUUAAAGAGUGGUUAUCACCAAAUUCGCAUGAAAUUAGGAGACGAAUGGAAAACUGCCUUUAAGACUCAAUAUGGACUAUAUGAAUGGUUAGUCAUGCCAUUUGGCUUGACCAAUGCACCUAGUACAUUUAUGAGGCUUAUGAACCAUGUGUUGCGUGCUUUCCUAGGAAAAUUUGUUGUAGUGUAUUUUGAUGAUAUCCUAGUAUAUAGCCAAAAUAUGCAUGAUCAUUUGCUGCACUUGAGACAAGUUUUUGAGGUGUUGAGAAAAGAGCACUUGUAUGCCAACCUUAAGAAAUGCACUUUCUGUAUGGACAAAGUUAUUUUCUUAGGAUUUGUGGUGAGUGGCAAGGGAAUUGAGGUUGAUGAGGACAAGGUAAGAGCCAUUAGAGAGUGGCCUACACCUAAGUCCGUGAGUGAUGUGAGGAGCUUCCAUGGGUUGGCUAGUUUUUAUAGGAGAUUUGUAAAGGACUUCAGUACCAUAGCCUCACCCUUGAAUGAAGUUGUAAAAAAGAAUGUGGGAUUCAAGUGGGGGGAAGAACAAGAGCAUGCAUUUAAUUCACUUAAGGAGAAAUUGUGUUCUGCACCUUUACUUGCUUUACCUGAUUUUUCUAAAACUUUUGAGAUUGAAUGUGAUGCCUCUGGAGUGGGUAUUGGAGCUGUUUUGAAGCAGGAAAGGAGACCGAUUGCCUACUUCAGUGAGAAGCUAAGUGGGGCUACAUUGAACUACUCCACUUAUGACAAAGAGAUGUAUGCUUUGGUGCGUGCACUUGAGACUUGGCAACACUACUUGUGGCCGAAGGAGUUUGUCAUUCAUAGUGACCAUGAGUCACUCAAGUACUUAAAGGGGCAGAACAAGCUCAACAAGCGCCAUGCCAAGUGGAGUGAAUUCAUUGAAGGUUUCCCAUAUGUAAUUCAAUACAAGCAAGGCAAAGAGAAUGUGGUGGCUGAUGCACUUUCAAGGAGGUACACUUUACUUUCCAUGCUUGACGCUAGACUUUUAGGCUUCGAACAUGUGAAAGAAAUGUAUGCUAAUGAUGAUGACUUUGGGAAAGUGUUUGCCUUUUGUGAACAUGCUGCAUAUGAUAAA